AACUGAGGUCAGCAGGGGAAGAAGACAUCACCCAGAAAGCUCAUCCCCGCCCAGAGCUGGCAGGUUAGAGAGAGCUGGGCCUGGGCCCCGGGGCUGACCCGGCUGGGGUCUGCUCCAUCCCGCCUGCCAGGGAUUGCCUCUCUGUGAGCCUCACUUUCCCACAACUAUAAGAUGGAAAUGGUGCUCCCUACACCAGAGGGCUGCCUGGAAACCUGGAAACCCUGUGUGCUCGUCAGGGGCCUGGCGAAAGCCCAGCCCCGUACUACUCCCAGUGUUCCUUCGUUUGGGGCCCUUGUCUUUGCCCCGUGGCCUGUGAGCCCUAGUUCUCUCCAUUUCUCUGUUGCAUUAAGCUGUUGAUCUUUGGGUCCAGCACAGUGUUCUUGUUUGGGGUACAGAUGUGCUUUUCGCUUCUGGAAUUGGAGGAAAGACAUGGAGCCUUCCAGAAACAUGAGGCCUGCCGUCCCUUCCCCUGGGAACAGGCACUGGUGCUGAAGCUUGGAGACAGGAAGUCCAGGCUUUCUACCUGGGGCUCAGCAAGGGGCCUGUUUUUUUUCUUUGCACUCAAAUACGGGUCUUCUCAGAAGGGUACAAUUCAUUCUCCAUGUGCACUCUGCUAGGAAUGCAGUGGUGAGCUCACCAACAGUUUCUUUGCCCUGGCCUUGUAGGGUCUGUGACCUAACUGGGAUGCCAGAGAUGGAGCAAGUAAUUAUACAAUUAAAUCUAUCAUUAAAUAUGUGACAAGGUCCAAGAAGGAAAAGUGUUAAACUUAUAACUGCUUAGAACUUGAGGGACCAGGCGUGGUUGGAGAGAAGGGAGUCCAGGAAGGCUUCCAGAGGCAGUGAUGCCUGAGUUGAAAGCUGAAGGAUGAGGGACAAGGAAGAGCAUUCCAGGCAUGGGGAACAGCAUGUGAAAAGGCUGUGCAUACAAGAAGAUAUGUUAAAGAAAAUGACAAAAGCCCAUGUGGGUGAAGGGUUAUGAGUAAGGGGACAAGUAGCAUACUGUGAAGAUGCCAUGUAAGCAGGGACCAAUCAAGCAAGUUCUCAUAGGCCCUUGGUAAGGUGUCUGGACUUGCUGCAGGCCAGCACCCUGGUGGGGGAGCCUGGGCAUGUGGGGUGGCCACCAUGUUUGAUGUGGAUGGACAGAAACCCACCGAGAAUCAAGAGCUCUCAGGUCAGUCCCCCUCGUGGGUGGGAGCCUUGUGGCCUCAGUUACCAUGUCUUUAAAGCGAUGGCAUUGGACAGGAGGGUCCCCAAAUUUCCUUCCAGCCCUGCUGAUGAAGAUUCUAAGACCAGCCUUGAGGGUACACAGCCAAAGCGUCCGGGUUGAGGGGCCUUCAGUGAGGCCGCCGUCCUGCUGUAGGAGAGCCCAGCUUCCUUCCUUUGUGCGAUGCCCUCCUAGCCAGCCGCUGCGGGAUGGAGGGCUUUAUGGACUCAGGGACACAGACGGAUGCCGUGGUGGUGCUGUCCUUGGCUCAGGCUGCCGUGCUGGGCCUGGUCUCGGAAAAUGAGCUCUUUGGAGCCACCAUAAGCGCCGAAGCCUUCUACCCAGACCUGGGGCCUGAGCUGGCUGGGGUGGCCACAGGGGAGCCCAGGCCCCCUGGCCCCGACGUCUACCAGCUGGCCUGCAAUGGGCGGGCCCUGGAGGAGCCGGCGGAGGAGGAGGUGCUGGAGGUGGAGGCGGCCUUCGAGAAGCACACCCGGCGGAAGACGCGGCCACCCGUGCGCCUGGUGCCUAAGGUCAAGUUCGAGAAGGUGGAGGAGGCGGAGGAGCAGGAGGUCUAUGAGGUGUCUGUGCCUGGCGAGGACAAGGAUGCGGGUCCUGCGGAGGCCCCUGCCGCAGCGGCCAGUGGCGGCUGUGAGGCUCUCGUGCAGAGCAGCGCUGUCAAGAUGAUUGACCUCAGCGCCUUCAGCCGCAAGCCCCGGCCGCUGCGGCACCUGCCCCGGGCCCCCCGGCCAGAGCUGGACGCGGCCCCCUACGACCCCCGCUUCCCCGACCCGGCCCCGAACGGCUUCCCUGAGCCCGGCAUGGCGCUGCCCGGGCCGGAGUCCUUGCCCUCGGAGUGCGGCUUCGAGCCGGCCCACCUGGCCCCCCUGAGUGACCCUGAGGCCCCCACCCUGGAGGCCCCGGAGCCCGUGAAGCCGGAGCAGGGCUUCGUGUGGCAGGAGGCGAGCGAGUUUGAGGCGGACGUGGCAGGCUCGACAGUGGAGCGCCACAAGAAGGCCCAGCUGGACCGGCUGGACAUCAACGUGCAGAUCGACGACUCCUACCUGGUGGAGGCGGGCGACCGCCAGAAGCGCUGGCAGUGUCGCAUGUGCGAGAAGUCCUACACGUCCAAGUACAACCUGGUCACGCACAUCCUGGGCCACAACGGCAUCAAGCCGCACUCGUGCCCGCACUGCAGCAAGCUCUUCAAGCAGCCCAGCCACCUGCAGACACACCUGCUGACGCACCAGGGCACCCGGCCCCACAAGUGCCAGGUGUGCCAGAAGGCCUUCACGCAGACCAGCCACCUCAAGCGCCACAUGCUGCUGCACUCGGAGGUCAAGCCGUACAGCUGCCACUUCUGUGGCCGUGGCUUUGCCUACCCCAGCGAGCUCAAGGCCCACGAAGUGAAGCACGAGAGCGGCCGCUGCCACGUCUGUGUCGAGUGUGGCCUGGACUUCUCCACCCUGACCCAGCUCAAGCGCCACCUGGCCUCCCACCAGGGCCCCACCCUCUACCAGUGCCUCCAGUGCGACAAGUCCUUCCACUACCGCAGCCAGCUGCAGAACCACAUGCUCAAGCACCAGAACGUGCGGCCCUUCGUGUGCACGGAGUGCGGCAUGGAGUUCAGCCAGAUCCACCACCUCAAGCAGCACUCGCUCACGCACAAGGGCGUGAAGGAGUUCAAGUGCGAGGUGUGCGGCCGGGAGUUUACCCUGCAGGCCAACAUGAAGCGGCACAUGCUGAUCCACACCAGCGUCCGGCCCUACCAGUGCCACAUCUGCUUCAAGACCUUCGUGCAGAAGCAGACCCUCAAGACUCACAUGAUUGUCCACUCGCCUGUGAAGCCAUUCAAAUGCAAGGUGUGCGGGAAGUCCUUCAACCGCAUGUACAACCUGCUGGGCCACAUGCACCUGCACGCGGGCAGCAAGCCCUUCAAGUGCCCCUACUGCUCCAGCAAGUUUAACCUCAAGGGCAACCUGAGCCGGCACAUGAAGGUCAAGCACGGCGUCAUGGACAUCGGCCUGGACAGCCAAGACCCCAUGAUGGAGCUGACAGGCACCGACCCGUCUGAGCUUGAUGGCCAGCAGGAGAUGGAAGACUUCGAGGAGAAUGCCUACACCUACGCCAGUGUAGACAGCAGUGCCGAGGCCAGCGUCCUCACUGAACAGGCCAUGAAGGAGAUGGCCUACUACAAUGUGCUAUAGCACAAGCCGGGCCGCCAGAAGGGGCGAGGAGGGCCUAGGGUGUGGGGGUGAGACCCAUGGGCUGCGGGUGCACCUCCUGCAGCUGAGAACAAGCUACUGCCCCACUGUCCUGAGCCCUCCCCUCCCACCGAGUCGUUUGCACCACUAGGGACUUUUAGACCAAAUGGAGACUGUACUACUGGCCUCAGCUGUGAACCAGGCACAGGCCCCAGCAUUCCAGGGAAGGAAGGAUAAUACAGGAGGCCGGGUCUGGGUCUCCUUUGCCUGCUGCUGUGGGAGGGUGGGAGAAAGCUGAGGGGGGCCAUUUGGGGACUAGUCACAAGGGCACAGGUUCUCAGGUCUCUCCAGGCCCAGCAGAGCUGGGGCAGCUAGUGUGGGCAGGGCAUUCCCGAUGGCUCCUCAGGGUCCUGACGCUGGAGGAAGAGAUCACUGAGCCAUGCCUUGUUCCUCCUCUGGACCAACUCCUGCCUCUAGGGAUGUGUGAGCUCCUGUGCUAGUCAGCACUGCCCCCCCCACCCCCCACCAGCCCCUGGGCUCAGAAAAGCCCAGGCCCUAGAGCCCCUUUCCCCACCCUGUCACGGACAGCCAGGCAGGGCCCUCUGCCUUCUACCUCCUGGUGCCUCCCGUGCUCUCCUCAAGCCAGGCGUGCAUGCAGCCUCAGUCCUGGCCUUAGGAAAGCGGGGUGUAGCCCAGCCCCCAGCUAAUGCCCUCUCCAGCCAACCCCCAGAAGGCCCCCAUCUUACAGCCCUGUUUGGAAGUAGGUGUCCCUAAAGUGGAUUUCAACAAAUGUCAUCCAUUCUGUCUUCAACUGGGCUACCACACCAGGAUCCCCCAGUGUGAACAAAGCUGGGACGUGCCCUGCAUCAGGCACAUACUAACUGGGCCCCCCUGAGUGAGGGGCAGGGCACAGUGACGGGAUCAUGGGGGGCUGUCCUCAGAGGAAGCCAAGGACCACCUGAAUGGGGGGAGGGGAGUGGAGUAUUUUCCUAAAACAAGUAUCCAUUUUGAGGAUGGGACAGCCAAGAGUCAGCAGGCUCCCGGGAAGAGCAACAUAUUUAAAAAGGAAAAUGAAGACCAUAGAGAAAAAAAUUUUUUUGAGCAAUGGGGUAUUUCAAACGUAAUUUAUUUUUUCUUCUUUCCAAUUCUGUCUCGCCUAUUAUCGUUUCUGAUGGAGAUCAUUUUCUUUUUUUCCAACAGAAGUUUUCUUGUGUGCUGUGUGUGCUUUGUGCCUCCCCAACCCAGAGCGUCCUGGCCAGGCAGGGCUUGGCUGGAGGGGACUGCUGCUCUGGCCCUGGAGGUGCGGCUGCUGGCAGGAAGCCUCAGGAGGCCAGAGUGAGAGGCAGGAGAGGAGGGCUGGGCAGGCCCUCCACCCCCUGCCCGGCUCCUCUGGCUGGUGACUCGCUCUGCAUCACCCCCACAGUGGCCAGGGCUGCUCCAUUCUGCACAGCCAGCAGCUCUCUCCCUCGCUUGCCCGCUCUCAUUGCCUCUGUCCCCAUGCCAGCUCCUGUCCCUGGAACCCCAGACAGGCCCAGGGCAGUGAAACAGCACAUUCAGGAACGCUGGGGCAGCCCCUGCCCACUUGCCUCCUGAGGCCUCAGAGGGGAGGGGCAGGCAGGGCCGUCCCCAAAGGCACAGAAGGAGGUGAAGCCACCAGCUUUAGCCCAGAAACCAGGCAGGGGGGGAACAGCCAGGGGUGGGAAUAACCACUUUGAAAUGCAGCUACCCCCAAGGCUGAAUCCUUAGUGAAGGACCAAGCAGGCCUCAGGGUGGCUGUGAUCAGGUCCGAGGGGAGGACAAGGUGCCUCUUCCUUCUCUGCUAGAGCUCGUGCAAAGCAGCAAAUGAGAGGCAACAAACAAGAGGGCUGGGGGUCACAGGAGCCUCUCCCCAAGGGUGGCUCUCCAGACCCCGAGGCCCUCUGGCCUCCCAGGUGCCCGCCAUGAUGACCCUCAGGUGGCAGUGACCCUGUCACUGUAGAAGACAUUUUCUCCUGCUGAGCAGAAGCAUCAUCCCCUGCAAACUACCUCUUCCCACAACGUCUUUCUCCCCUGGUACCAAAAAGAACCCUGUACCUCCUCCUCCUCCUCCUCCCUGCCAGCACAGUGGCCUUGGUCUUGG